AUGCACGCCUCACGCAUUGCUCGGCAGCAGCAGAACGAUAGUGUACCAGGUGGAGGAAGGGAAUCCACAGAGUCAACGGAAGAAAUUCGUAGGGCUCUCCUGGAAGACAUCAAAACCGCCGUCGAAAAAGAGCAGUCGAUAAACCAGAUCCCUUCCUUCGAUGCACGCCUGAAACAGUGCAUAUUUGAUGCUAAAGAGAGGCAUCAGACCCUCCUUCACUGGAUCGUGGUGCAGGUCGAGUCCCAGCACAAACAUGCAGACGAUGCCGACCACUUCAAGCAAGCGGCUAACACAAUGGUACAAGAAGCAAUGAAGUUCAAUGCAAAGCUAAUCAGCCGGGUUGAUCAAGCGAGCAACACAGCCUUGCACCAUGCUCUAAGCUCGAACGACGAGCGAGUGGAGUCCUUGAUCUCCACGAUGUGUACUUAUCAAGAGAAUAAGGAAUACCUUCGGGAGGCAAUCUCUCACAGAAACAACAGUCUCAAGAAUUGUCUGCACUUGGCUAUUGACCACAAAAACGAAGACAUUGCCGAUGAAAUCAUCUCUAUUGCGGAUGAGGCAGCCUUCUGCCAAGGGCGAAAUUUUGAAACCACAAAAAUCGGCCAGGCGCUAUCCGAUACGGGAAAUACACCUCUACACGAUGCUGUCAAGUAUGAUCGCGGCAUCAUUGAAAAGCCCAUGUGCACCAAGUAUACUGAUGGUGAACCAUGCGAGAGCUGCCAAAAUGCUAUGGUGGACUUCAAGUACAAGGUGUCCAACGCCCCUUCACUUAUCACAAAAUUGAUCGAACGAUGCAACAAAGCAUUGAAGAUCAAGAACGGCAAUGAUGAGUCACCUUAUCUCUACUAUAUGAGAACCAAGGCAGAUUAUGAAUUGGCGAAGAAAGACAAGAGUCCAGUGAAGGAGUCACAAGGAUUUACAACCUGCCAAGUGACGUUAAGCAACGAGGUGGCAAGCAGAAUGCAGAGUAUUCUGAUCGAGUCCGCCUUUGCUAUCGGCAGCUUCGCAGACGCAUGCGCCUGCUUCUUCGGAGACAAAGCUGACGAAGAUGGAAAAAGCUCGCCUUUGAGGCCUGGCUACCCAAUUAUGAAGAAUGCGUAUAGCAAGUACAAAUUGCUUAUCCCUGAGAACACAGCCGUUCUAUCCCAUGUAGAUCUCCAGAUUGGGAGAUCUGGUUCUCGGACAAAUACUGCUCCCUCACAAGCACAAGUCGGGGGGAAUAGCCGCACCAACACUCCGCAAGAGGCCGAACCAUCCAACGAAGACAACGAGGAUCAGAGCACACAAUGGAAGAACGAUAUGCAGUCUCUGAGGAAAAUUUUCGCCAUGCUGAGAGAUCGAGGGGUAAAACGGAUCCUCAAAGUCACCAUUAGAGACAACGAGAAACGGCCUUCUAGCGACCAAGUGAUCCAAGAGUGUCUUGCUGGUUUCGAUGUCAGGUACUUGAACUGGACAAAGCCAGACUUGAGCGCCAGUGUUAUUUGCGCCUCUUGCCCGAAAAUUGCCGAGUUGACACUUUAUUCCUCCGGACGCAGAGCCGUUCUGGACAGCUGGGCGGCAAGCACAGGUCUUAGCAGAUUAAGACAAUUAACGCACAUAAAUCUCUACGCCUCGCCAGGAUUGGAGAAUUACGACGUCUAUCUCACCAUGAUGCGCAGUUUUCAGACAGAGUUGUUUGAGAACAUCGAAAUUGCACGGCGGAAGUUAGUCCUUGUGUCGACGCUAGAGAUGUGCAAGCUUGAAAUCCAGGAUCUCAAAGGUUGUAUGCUAGAAAGUUCUGAGGACCCCGCAUAUCUGGAGGAUUGCAGAGAGGAACUGGAGAAAGCGCGACAAAAGGAGCAAAGCUGCCAAGAGGGGCUACGUCUGCUGGAAGUAGAAAAGGGAACGCUCGAGAACCAACGCUUGGACAAGCUGUUGGAAACAUGGAACUCCGGCGGCAACAAGAGCGCGACUGCCGAUGCCAUUUUGCAAGACAACGAAAGAGAGAAGAGGAGCCCCCAAGAUCGCAAUGAAGUCCGCAUUCCAUCGAAUACUCAGGGCUUGGAUGCAGGAACUGGCAAGGUUGGGGUGGCCAACGGCAAGUCCACUGAAGUUCCAGGUCUCAUGGGAACUCCCGGUAAAAUGCAUCGCGAGUGGCAUUAUAACAAUCCAUACGAUGGGCCUCCUACCAAGGAGUCCAAGCUCUUCUCGCCUAUACCUGAGGUGGAAAACUGCGCCAAUGGUAGCUUUGUGAGCCUCACUUUCACAAUGGAUAUCUUUUUAACAGCAUCACCUUCGAGCGACGAAGCAAAUAUUCUGACAGUUCCCCGCGCCAACGGUACAUUAAUUCAGAUUUCUCCUGCUUUGGAACAAAACCGAUGGCUCACAGCAGUUGAAAACUUCGUCAAAAAACGGGUACAACCUACCCCAAAUGAGUCGCAGGCAAAAGUUAAAGUGGCACUGAUUGAUGACGGCAUCGAUUAUCGCCAGAUUGAUCAUUCACUGCACCAGCCUGGCUGGCCAUACAUGAAAGCAGACAGUGAAGACAAACCGUGGUAUCAUUCGGAGAAUGGCCAUGGCACACUCAUGGCGAAGAUGAUUUUUAAGAUGUGUCCCCGUGCACAGCUAUUUGUUGCAAAGCUCGGGGGCUAUGAUAACCUCAGAAAGCCUGACAACGCUGACAAGGCUGCAGAUGCUAUUGCUUGGGCAAUCAAGCAUGAAGUCGACGUCAUCUCAAUGAGCUGGAGUUUGGUUGCAUCGGAUUCCAACAAGGACGGAAUAGCAAAACUCAAGACCCGAAUCGAAGAAGCCGCCAAGGCGAACAUUCUCCUGUACUGCGCUGCCGCCGACAAGGGACCGUUUGCUGAGAAGGGCACCGUGUUCCCCCACAGCAGGAGUAAGCCUGAUAUCCGGAUUAUCGGCUCAGCAAAAGAGACGGGCGGGGAAUCUCAGUUUAUAGAUCCCACCCAAGUGCACUAUAUGUUCCCAGGAGAGAACAUCCCUGAGCUCGGAGACACCAAGGGCAGCUCAGUUGCCACCGCCCUUGCUGCAGGCUUCGCAGCUUUGAUUCUAUGGUGCUUCAAGUACAAGAACGAGAGCGCCGACACUGUUGAGCAAAUCGCUAAUCCGAAUGGCAUGGAUAAUAUCUUCCAAAAGCUUGUACAACCUCCAAGCAAAUGGGUCAAUGUAACAAGAUUGCUCGGAGUUGACAAUCCUCUCAGUGUUGAGGAAGUUAUUAAACGAUGCAAAGGAUCUGUUGAAUGGUAG